AUGGGGGAUGCAGAGAUGUCUGUGUAUGGGAUAGCCGCCCCAUACCUGCGGAAGUCAGAGAAAGAGCGUAUGGAGGCUUCCACCCGUACCUUCGACAUAAAGAAGGAAUGCUUCGUCCCUGAUGCAGUAGAAGAGUUUGUGAAGGCUUCCGUCACAAGUCGAGAUGGGGACAGUGUCACUGUCCAGACGCAGAACGGAAAGACUGUGACUGUCAAAGACUCCCAGGUUCUGCAACAGAAUCCUCCAAAGUUUGACAAGAUUGAAGACAUGGCAAUGUUGACUUUCCUCCAUGAGCCCGCUGUGCUGUUUAACCUCAAAGAGCGUUAUGCAGCAUGGAUGAUUUAUACCUACUCUGGGUUGUUCUGCGUCACUGUGAACCCUUACAAAUGGCUGCCAGUGUACAACCAAGAGGUUGUUAUCGCCUACAGGGGAAAAAAGAGGAGUGAAGCUCCUCCCCACAUCUUCUCCAUUUCUGACAACGCCUACCAGUACAUGCUGGCAGAUCGUGAAAAUCAGUCAAUUUUGAUCACUGGAGAAUCUGGUGCAGGAAAGACUGUCAACACAAAGCGAGUCAUCCAGUAUUUUGCAAGUAUUGCAGCUGGAAGUGUCAAGAAAGAUCCCAAUGCCAAAGACAAGGGUACCCUGGAGGAUCAAAUUAUCCAAGCUAACCCUGCUUUGGAGGCUUUUGGAAAUGCAAAAACUAUUAGAAAUGACAACUCAUCGAGAUUUGGAAAAUUCAUCCGAAUUCACUUUGAUACCAGAGGAAAGUUGGCUUCUGCUGAUAUUGAAACAUAUCUUCUGGAAAAAUCAAGAGUGACCUUCCAGCUUAAGGCUGAGCGAGAUUACCACAUUUUCUAUCAGAUUUUGUCCAACAAGAAGCCAGAAAUUCUGGAGAUGCUGUUGAUCACAAACAAUCCUUAUGACUACGCCUUCAUCUCUCAGGGAGAAACACAAGUGGCCUCCAUUGAUGAUGCAGACGAACUGAUGGCAACAGAUAAUGCUUUUGAUGUGCUGGGCUUCACACAAGAGGAAAAGAACUCUGUGUACAAGCUGACGGGUGCCAUCAUGCACUACGGUAACAUGAAGUUCAAGCAGAAGCAGCGCGAGGAGCAGGCGGAGGCUGAUGGCACCGAAGAUGCUGACAAAUCAGCUUAUCUGAUGGGCCUGAACUCUGCUGACCUCAUCAAAGGUCUCUGUCAUCCAAGAGUGAAAGUAGGAAAUGAGUGGGUCACGAAGGGACAAAAUGUCGCCCAGGUGUACUAUGCUGUUGGCGCUCUAUCCAAGGCUGUUUAUGAGAAGAUGUUUCUGUGGAUGGUGGUCAGAAUCAACCAGUCGUUGGAAACGAAGCAACCUCGCCAAUACUUUAUUGGAGUUUUGGACAUCGCUGGAUUUGAGAUCUUUGACUUCAACACAUUCGAGCAGUUGUGCAUCAACUUCACCAAUGAAAAACUGCAACAGUUUUUCAACCAUCACAUGUUUGUGCUGGAACAAGAAGAGUACAAGAAAGAAGGCAUUGAAUGGACUUUCAUUGAUUUUGGUAUGGACUUGCAGGCAUGCAUUGACCUGAUUGAAAAGCCCAUGGGUAUCAUGUCCAUCCUUGAAGAGGAGUGCAUGUUCCCUAAAGCCAGUGAUGCCACUUUUAAAGCUAAGCUUUAUGACAACCACCUGGGAAAAUCCAGCAACUUUCAAAAGCCCAGGAUAGUCAAAGGGAAACCAGAGGCCCAUUUUGCCCUGAUGCACUAUGCUGGAACAGUUGAUUACAAUAUCAACAACUGGCUGGUAAAGAACAAGGAUCCCCUCAAUGAGACUGUUGUUUCACUUUACCAAAAGUCUACUCUCAAAUUAUUGGCCAUACUGUUUGCAAAUUACGCUGGGGCUGACUCAGCUAUGGCUGAAAGUGGAGAAGGAGGCAAGAAGGAGAAGAAAAGAAAGGGUUCAUCCUUCCAAACGGUUUCUGCCCUCCACAGGGAGAAUCUGAACAAGCUGAUGACCAAUUUGAGGUCUACUCAUCCCCACUUUGUCCGCUGCAUCAUCCCCAAUGAGACCAAGACUCCUGGCGCUAUGGAGAACCCUCUGGUGAUGCACCAGCUACGCUGUAACGGUGUAUUGGAAGGCAUCCGAAUAUGCAGGAAGGGUUUCCCCAAUAGGAUCCUCUAUGGGGAUUUCAAACAGAGGUAUCGCAUUUUGAAUCCUGCCGCCAUUCCUGAAGGACAGUUCAUUGACAGCAGAAAAGGAGCAGAAAAACUCCUUGGUUCUCUGGAUAUUGAUCACAAUCAAUACAAGUUCGGUCAUACUAAGGUAUUCUUCAAAGCCGGACUGUUGGGUCUUCUCGAGGAAAUGCGAGACGAGCGUCUCUCCAAAAUCAUCACCGCAAUUCAAGCUAGAUCUCGUGGUCUUCUGUCUCGUAUUGAGUAUCAGAAGAUGGUGGAACGCAGAGAUGCUUUAUUGGUGAUCCAGUGGAAUAUCCGUUCAUUCAUGGGGGUCAAAAAUUGGCCUUGGAUGAAGCUGUUCUUCAAGAUCAAACCUCUUUUAAGAUCUGCCGAAGCAGAAAAGGAAAUGGCCAACAUGAAGGAAGAAUUCCUAAAGUUGAAAGAAGCUUAUGCAAAGUCUGAAACACGUAGAAAGGAAUUGGAGGAGAAAAUGGUUUCCCUACUCCAAGAGAAGAAUGAUCUACAACUUCAAGUUCAAGCGGAACAAGAUAAUCUUUGUGAUGCUGAAGAAAGAUGUGAGGGGCUGAUUAAAAACAAAAUCCAGAUGGAGGCAAAAGCCAAAGAGUUAACUGAAAGACUGGAAGAUGAGGAGGAGAUGAAUGCUGAGUUAACAGCAAAGAAGCGAAAGCUUGAGGACGAGUGUUCUGAGCUGAAAAAGGAUAUUGAUGACUUGGAAUUAACUCUGGCUAAAGUGGAGAAAGAGAAGCAUGCCACUGAGAACAAGGUGAAGAACCUGACAGAGGAAAUGGCAGCUUUGGAAGAAAUCAUCGCAAAGCUAACCAAAGAGAAGAAAGCUUUACAAGAAGCUCAUCAGCAAACAUUGGAUGACCUUCAGAGCGAAGAAGAUAAAGUCAACACUCUGACAAAGGCCAAAUCAAAACUGGAGCAACAAGUGGAUGAUCUUGAAGGGUCUCUUGAACAAGAGAAAAAAGUUCGAAUGGACCUAGAGAGAGCAAAGAGGAAACUCGAGGGAGAUUUGAAGAUGACUCAAGAAACUCUUAUGGACCUAGAAAACGAUAAACAGCAGCUGGAGGAACGAUUGAAAAAGAAAGACUUUGAAAUUAGUCAGCUGAACGGAAAAAUUGAAGAUGAGCAAGCCAUAGUAAUGCAGCUUCAGAAGAAGUUGAAAGAGCUGCAGGCUCGUGUCGAGGAGCUAGAGGAAGAGCUUGAGGCAGAACGGGCUGCCCGAGCCAAGGUGGAGAAGCAGAGAGCAGACUUGGCUAGAGAGCUGGAGGAGAUCAGUGAGAGGCUGGAGGAGGCAGGUGGAGCCACAUCUGCCCAGAUUGAGAUGAACAAGAAGAGGGAGGCUGAGUUCCAGAAACUCCGCAGAGACCUGGAGGAGGCCACCCUGCAGCAUGAAGCCACCGCAGCCACACUGAGAAAGAAACAAGCUGACAGUGUUGCUGACCUGGGGGAGCAGAUUGACAACCUACAGAGAGUCAAGCAAAAACUGGAGAAAGAGAAGAGCGAACUCAGAUUGGAACUGGAUGAUGUUGUUUCCAAUAUGGAACAUAUUGUGAAAUCAAAAGUUUUCUUGGAGAAGACGAACAGAACUCUGGAAGAUCAAAUGAAUGAAUACAGGACUAAGUGUGAUGAACAUCAAAGAUCCCUGAAUGACUUUAGCACACAAAAAGCAAAGCUUCAAGCUGAGAAUGAUGAGUAUUUUAGACAGUUAGAGGAGAAAGAAGCCCUCAUUUCCCAGUUGACAAGAGGAAAGAAUUCUUACAACCAACAACUUGAAGAUUUGAAACGACAACUGGAGGAAGAGCUCAAGGCCAAGAAUGCUUUAGCCCAUGCUGUGCAGUCCUCUCGCCAUGACUGUGACCUGCUCAGAGAGCAGUAUGAGGAGGAGCAGGAAGCAAAAGCUGAACUGCAGCGUGGCAUGUCCAAGUCUAACUCUGAAGUGGCUCAGUGGAGGACUAAGUAUGAAACUGAUGCCAUCCAGAGGACUGAAGAACUGGAAGAUGCUAAGAAGAAGCUGGCUCAGCGCCUGCAGGAUGCCGAAGAGGCUGUGGAAGCAGUGAAUGCUAAAUGUUCUUCUUUGGAGAAAACCAAGCAUAGACUGCAGAAUGAGAUCGAAGACCUCAUGGUGGAUGUGGAGAGAUCUAAUGCUGCUGCUGCUGCUCUGGAUAAGAAGCAAAGAAACUUUGAUAAGGUUCUGUCUGAGUGGAAACAGAAGUAUGAAGAAUCUCAGUGUGAGUUGGAGGGCUCCCAAAAGGAAGCCAGAGGUUUGAGCACAGAACUCUUCAAGUUGAAGAAUUCCUAUGAAGAGUCCCUCGACCAACUAGAAACUGUCAAAAGAGAGAAUAAGAAUUUACAGGAGGAGAUAUCCGACCUCACUGAGCAACUUAGUGAGGGAGGAAAGACUAUUCACGAGUUGGAGAAAGUUCGCAAACAGCUUGAGCAGGAAAAGAGUGAAAUUCAAUCUGGUCUUGAAGAAGCUGAGGCCUCCUUGGAGCACGAGGAGGGCAAGAUUUUGAGAGCCCAUCUUGAGUUCAAUCAAAUAAAGGCCGAGAUGGAACGCAAAAUAGCUGAGAAAGACGAGGAGAUGGAGCAGUGCAAGAGGAACCUGCAGAGGACUAUUGAGACCCUACAAAGUUCACUUGAAGCUGAGUGCCGAAGCAGGAAUGAGGCCCUCCGUUUGAAGAAGAAGAUGGAGGGAGACCUCAAUGAAAUGGAGAUUCAGCUAAGUCAGGCAAACAGGCAGGCAGCUGAGGCGCAGAAGCAACUCAAAUCUGUUCAUGCACAUCUCAAGGAUUGCCAACUUCAGCUUGAUGAGUCUGUCCGUGCCAAUGAUGAUCUAAAAGAGAACAUUGCUAUUGUGGAGAGGCGGAACAACCUGAUUCAGGCUGAAUUGGAGGAACUAAGGUCUGCUCUCGAACAGACGGAAAGAAGUCGCAAACUUGCUGAGCAAGAGUUGCUGGAUGUCACUGAGAGGGUGCAGCUACUGCACUCACAGAACACUGCUCUGAUAAACCAAAAGAAAAAACUAGAGGCAGACACCACCCAGCUCCAAACAGAAGUAGAAGAUGCGGUCCAGGAAUGCAGGAAUGCCGAGGAGAAGGCCAAGAAGGCCAUCACUGAUGCUGCAAUGAUGGCAGAAGAGCUGAAGAAAGAGCAAGACACCAGUGCUCACCUGGAGCGAAUGAAGAAGAACAUGGAACAAACCAUCAAAGAUCUACAGCACCGCUUGGAUGAAGCUGAACAAAUUGCAUUGAAGGGAGGCAAGAAGCAAAUGCAGAAGCUUGAGGCCAGGGUUAAAGAGCUAGAGAGUGAGGUGGAAAUGGAACAGAAGAGAAGCAGUGAAGCUGUAAAGGGUGUCCGGAAAUAUGAACGCCGUAUCAAGGAACUUACUUACCAGACUGAGGAAGACCGCAAAAACCUUGCCCGUCUCCAAGACUUGGUAGACAAGCUGCAACUUAAAGUUAAAGCCUACAAAAGAUCUGCAGAGGAGGCUGAGGAGCAGGCUAAUGUUCAUCUGGGAAAGUUCCGGAAGAUACAGCAUGAACUGGAUGAGGCUGAAGAGCGUGCUGACAUAGCUGAGUCUCAGGUCAACAAGCUGCGUGCCAAGAGCCGUGACGCUGGCUCCAAGCUGCAACAGAAAGGCUUUGAGGAGGAGUGA